AUGUUUUGGAAAAAGGAUCCUAGUGUGGUUUGGGAAAGAAAAAAUAUCGAUGAUAUUGACUUUAGUCGUCUUAAUGUGGCAAUAAUUGGUGGCACAGGUGGAAUUGGGCGUGCGAUAAGUAGAGAACUGGCCCAGAGAAACGCUAGUGUUGUUGUCGUUGGGCAAACGUUCAAGGACGAAGAGAUGAAAGACAAAAUUAAAUUUAUCAAGGCAGACUUGAGUUUAGUAUCGGAAUGCAAACGUAUUUCACACUGUGAUGAAAUUCCCUACGAGAAGCUAACGCAUUUGAUUUUCACUACAGGUAUCUUUGCAUCACGCCAAAGGCAAGCCACAAGUGAGGGACUAGAGAAAGACAUGGCAGUGAGUUAUCUGAGUAGAUAUAUCAUCUUUCAUGAUGUCGCUAAGCGAUUGGGAAUUGCUAGGGCCAAGAAAGACAAUUUGCCGAAGGUUUUCAUCGCUGGCUUCCCAGGAAAUGGUCAAGUGGGUGAUCCAAAUAAUUUGAACUCAGAUGAAAAAAAAUAUAAUGCCUACACUACACAUAUGAAUACAGUGGCAGCUAAUGAAAGUCUGGUGCUGGACGCCAAAGACAGGUAUGCGAAUAUAGAUACCUUCGGUUUGAACCCUGGUUUGAUCAAAACAAGUAUUCGUAGUAAUCUUCUCGGCAGUGAUUCCUACCUUGGCCGCAUCACGGAAUGGAUCAUUAGCUGGACUUGUCAAAGCGCAGAGGUUUAUGCUAAAACAAUCUGUGCCUUGAUGAUGAGUCCUGCCAUUGAGUCACGCAGUGGUACAAUGUUUAGUAACAAAGGUGACGCCAUUUUACCGACGCCUGGUUUAACUAAAGAUGUGGUGGAGAAAUUCAUGGAAAGUUCGGAGCUUUUAGUUGAAAAAGCCUUACAGAAUCAAAGUUCUUCUACCUCCAGUAACGAAUAG